CACUUCCUACACGAUACAUUUAACAAGCACUCUUACCGUUUCCAUAAUUCAAUAAAUGUGUCCUCCGUUUCUCCUGUCCCCCGCGUAAAAAGCUUGCUUGUUGCUAGGCUACGGUUCGUGACGCUUUCCCAGUCAGUCAGUUCGCAAAUGUGGGUUUCAGCUCAACAUUCAAUCGUUGCUACUUUCUUAUCUUAGUUAGCUAUGUUAUUAUGAAAAGUGUACAAGUAUUUUUGGUUCAUUAUGACACUAUGGGGGGACAAAUUUAACUUUUGUGGGUUGCCAACCUUUGGGUGUUUCAUGGGAAACACUGCUCUUCUGUUCCCAGAAGUGCAGCAGCUCUUUCCCAGAGCCCCCACAGGUUAAAGAGGAACAGCAGCUGUGGACCAGUCAGGAGGAAGAGCACCUCCAAGGACUGCAGUCUGAAACUACAUACUCCAUAUUCACUUCUCCCAGUGUGAAACAUGACUCUGAUCAAGAGGGCUCCUCUGAAUGUUCACAUAUUGUCCAGAUUGUUAAAGUGGAGGACAGAGAAGGAGACUCUCUACCCACCAACACAACUGAGGAGCAAAUCAAAGCAGAGCCUCAAGACUCUGCAGCACCAGAACCAGGCAGUGACUCUCAGCCCCUCUCUGUUGUAGCUCCAGACUGUCCUGUAGCUCAGAGUUUGGAGGAGGAGGAACAUGGAGGAAUGAUGCCUUUGCUAGAAACAGUCAAAUCAAGCAGAAAAAGAAAGAACAAGGCUCUUCUCAUGGAACGUACGCCACAGGGCAGUCACACAGGAGAGAAACCUCAUCAGUGUCUAGAAUGUAACAACACUUUUAAUAAGAAAUCUACUCUGGUUGGACACAUGAGGACACACACAGGAGAAAAACCUUACCAGUGUCCACAUUGUAGCAAACGUUUCGCUAAAAAGGGUGGUCUGGUUGAACACAUAAGGACACACACAAGAGAGAAACCAUUUCAGUGUCAAGAAUGUAACAAUGCUUUUAGUCAGAAAGCUACUUUGGUUGUUCAUAUGAGGACUCACACAGGAAAGAAACCAUGUCAGUGUCAAGAAUGUAACAAAACAUUUACUCAAAGUGGGCAUCUGGUUAGACACAUGAGGACACACACAGGAGAAAAACCAUAUCAGUGUCAGGAAUGUGACAAAGCAUUUACUGAACGUGGGAAUCUGGUUAAACACAUGAGGACACACACAGGAGAGAAACCAUUUCAGUGUCAGGAAUGUAGCAAAAGAUUUUGCCAAAAGUUACAUUUGGUUGAACACAUAAGGACACACACAGGAGAAAAACCAUAUCAGUGUCAGGAUUGUAAUAAAAGAUUUUGCUCAAGCUCACAAUUGGUUAAACACAUGCGACACACAGGAGAGAAACCUUAACAGUGUAAACAAUUUAUCGAACUCUGUGAACACAAGUGUAAUCUCAUUUCGAACAAGAAGAUGACACAACCAUAGCAGAAACUCUGUCAGAAGUUAUUCAGACUU